AUGAUUGCGAAAGUGAUCGCCAGGAGCGAGGAGCAGGAGUAUUAUGACUCUAUCUGGCACGCAGGGGCCAGAACCGGCCUAAUUGGCAUGUCGUUAGGCCUUGCAGCAACGACAGGCCUGCAUCGCUUCUACCCAACGUUCAGGCAACUGCCACUAUACAUCAAAAGCACCUUUGCUAUCUACCCUGGACUGAUCAUGGCCAGUAUCGGCGCCAAUGAGGGAUCUCACGCCUAUCGAUCGCGCCUGCAUCCCGAAAUAAGGAAAUAUGCGGACGAGAGCCAGCGCGUGUCCGCCGAAAUUCGUGCGAGGGAAUCCGAGGGGCAGCGAGCCAAGGAUUGGCUAUACGAACACCAACUCCAGAUCCUUGGGGUAACAUGGGCCACCACGAUGGCGGUCUGCCUCGAACGUAUGCGACGGGAUCCUUACACUACAGCAGCCCAGAAAAUUGUUCAGGCUCGCGUGCUUGCGCAGGCAACCACCUUGGCAAUUCUGCUAAUAACAGCAGCCCUUGAAGCCAAGGAUAAGAGUGAAGGACGGGGAAAGUACCACAGGGUAUUAUUGGUCGCCGAUGAAUACGAUGAGGAACACGCCGAGGUCCCGCGGACCACCUGA